UCCUCAAAAACAAGUUUUCAAAGGCCCUAAUCCCUAUUACCCCUAUUAGCCAGAAUCCAUGGCCACCCACCUUCUAAAAAGACGAAGAGGCCUUAGAAUCUGUUUGUGCUUGUCCUCACUUUUGAUCCUCGUUGCUGUGAUCAUGAUCUUAAUUUUUACCAUCUUUAAGCCCAAGGACCCUUCGGUAUUCGUCCACCCUGUUGACCUUAAACACUUUCAAGUACUCUCACCAAAUUCAAGAGGUGCCCCUUUGGCCUUGGUGAUCACAAUUCAGAACCCAAACUAUGCAAGUUUCAAGCAUAGAAAUUGCAGUGGCUAUCUUAAAUAUGGUGACACCAUUAUAGCAGGAAUUCCCUUAGAACAAAGAUCCUACCCUGCAAGAAGCACUACAGAUGUGACCACUACUGCAGAUAUUCAGACACAUAAAUUGAUAAAAGAUCCAAACUUUUUGUCUGCUGUGGAAGGUGGGGUCUUCAAUAUGACAUCAGAGGCCAAACUUUCUGGGAAAGUGAGGAUGGCGAAUAUUAUUAGGUUGAAGGCGAAGGUUUAUCUCUCUUGUACCAUCUCUUUGAACAUAUCUGCUUUUCAGACCACUUCCACCUGCAUCUCCAAACUCAAGCUAUGAUCCUUAAUUUCAAAAGGAACUUUGCAUUAACAUCACUUGUGAUUGGUUUAAAUUGCCAACAUGGA